AUAUAAUUAGUAAUGUGUUUCCAACAAAAGCACGCACGAGCAAAAAGUACUUACAGAAACGUAGCAUUUACAUGGAGCCACAUAUUCGUGGCAAUGUCUUUUCUAAGAUGUAGCUUUUAUUCCUGAUAUUCACGUUUGAUUAUGAUUCAUCCUUGUUUUGCCAUCCUUCGUUUCACCUUAAGAGUGCGAAUCUCUUCCAACAACAAAAAUUGAAUUGGCUUAGUGACAACCGGUCAUUUAUGCUUAAUAAAGAGAGCAACUAGCAUGACACGGGUACUGCUACCGCAACAUCCUGUGCUACGAAGGGCGUUGAAUAGAGGAUUGAGGACCUUGCUUUCAAAAAGGAGUGAUGGAUACCUCCUACCAGAGUUGAGCUUUGCUGUUACGAUAAAAAACAGACGUUUCUUCUAAUCGUCGCGGGCGUUGUGCCACGAGACUUGUGUGUAGCAAUUAGAUAACUGUAAUUAAUAGUUUGUCAGUUUCUUAGACUUUAUUUUCAGUCCAAGUCGCUGCCAGGCUCGCAAGUUCAUUAACAACAUUUGCUCGCCAAAUGAUUAGCAGAGAAGUUCCAAUCACCUGAAAACUACGUCCCCCUCCCUCUUCAAUUGUUUCACCAAACGUUUCUUUCGGCUCCUGCAUUCUUUCUCUGCUCACAAACUACUAUAUAACUGAACAUCCUCCAAUUCUUUUCAUUGUAAUCUGUCUUUGAAAAUGGCUUCCAUUUUGCUGGCUUUCGUUUUGUAUUCUCUCAGUUUUCAAGUAAUCUUUACCGGUGCACAGACACCGGCUGCUGCACCCUCUACUUUGCCGGCCAAAGCACCGCCACCCACUACCACACCUGCUGCACCGCCUACUUUGCCGACUAAAAACCCACCACCUUCUACUGCACCAACUGCAGUAACACAACCGCCCGUAAAUGCAGUAACCCCACCAACUACAACACCUGCAUCACCUUCCCCUAAGGUAACACCAUCCAAAAGCCCAACAGUCUCACCCCCGCUACCCCAAAGUCCACCUGUGUCAACUCCAUCACAACCACCAAAACUGCCGCCAUCACCACCUGUUUCGUCACCAGCAUUGCCACCUCCUGUAGCGGCACCGCGUGCAUCUCCAACACCAGUUCAAGCCCCAGCUCCUGUUAAAUCAGCACCAGCACCAGCACCAGCUAGGGUAGCACCAGUGCCCUCACCAUCAAAAGCAACCCCAGUACCAGCGCCAGCACCGGUUAUUGUGCCACCAGCUUCAGAACCAGUGCAAGCCCCAUCACCUGCGCCUGCUCCACCCAAACACAAGAGGAAGCACAAGCACAAGCAUCAUCAUCAUCAUGCACCAGCACCUGCACCUGCACCUACUGUACAAAGCCCCCCAGCACCACCUACAGUAACAGAUACAGAGGACAACAAUACACCCGCACCAUCACCAAGUUUGGAUUUGAAUGGAGGAUAUGCACUGCACCAGAAAGGAGGGAUAUCAGGAUUGUGGGUUACGACCGGAUUAGCAAUCACUAUACUGCUGGCAAUGACAAGCUAAAGUUCUAAUCAAUCUUAGACGUUGAACUAUGAAUUUAUUGGUACAUCAGCAGAAGAUUUUUUAAGAGACUAUUGCAAGAAGAUAAUUUUUUUUCAUAUGUAUAACCCUAGAUCUAAGCAUCAAUAAUACAACAGAUGAGACAUCAACAUUUACCA